UAUGGUUGCCGCUAUCAUGUGUAGAUGUAACGGAUAACGGCGAACGCUGUUCAGCCGCGAUUGAUCGGCCGGCUGUUUACGCCGCGAGAUCCGUUCGACCCGCGCGACCAACUUAACCUAACACGCGCGGUAAACACUUCCGAGAAGGAAGGAGGCUCGUUCAGAGCGGCAGUGACACGAGCAAAAAUGUGAUUACUUCAUCGACCAUACGUAAUGUCGCCGUGACAGCCUCGCGCUUUUGGAGAUACCGCACGCGCGAUGGAUAAUUACUCCGUGCGCAUCAAUUACCCGCAAACCGGCCGCGGUGACCCGGAGGAUUCGUCCGCGGCGCACGAUCCUCAGCCGAAGAUUCAGUACGCGGAUCACGCGAAGCGUACGCGCGAAGACGUGAUUGUCCUGACAAGUGACACUAAGGGCGGUCUGCUCAACCCCCGGGCCCUACUCUUUCUUACUCUGUGGUAUGUUUUCAGUGGAUGCACUCUGUUCCUAAAUAAAUAUAUACUGUCUUACAUGGAGGGUAAUCCUACUAUCCUAGGUGCUUGCCAGAUGUUAAUGACUGCAAUCUGUGGAUUAAUACAAAUGUACUUCCCCUGUGGCAUGUACAAGGCCAGCCCAAGAUUAAUGAGACCUCCUGGGUUCUACAAACACAUGACACUGGUGGGAUGCACGAGAUUCGCAACGGUAGUCUUGGGUUUAGUGUCAUUAAAUUAUGUAGCUGUAAGUUUCACAGAAACCAUCAAGAGUAGCGCACCACUUUUUACCGUCCUUAUCAGCAGGUAUUUAUUAGGGGAACAUACGGGAUUAUACGUAAAUUUAUCUUUGAUACCUGUAAUGGGUGGGCUGGCCCUGUGUUCCAUCAAUGAAAUCAGUUUUGAUCUCAGAGGUUUCAUCGCCGCUAUGGCCACAAACGUAACUGAGUGUUUACAAAAUGUUUACUCGAAAAUGUUGAUUAGUGGUGACAAUUUCAAGUACACACCGGCAGAGUUACAGUUUUAUACCAGUUUAGCGUCAAUUGUGGUACAAAUACCCGUAUCGGUACUGUUGGUCGAUCUACCAACGUUGGAACAUUCCCUGAGUUUUAAGUUAUUCGCGGCAUUCCUUCUCAACGGGGUGUUCUUCCACUUUCAGAGUAUCACUGCUUAUGUACUUAUGGACUAUAUCAGUCCCGUGACACACAGCGUCGCGAAUACCGCAAAGAGAGCCUUCCUGAUAUGGCUCUCCGUCUUGUUGUUCAACAAUCCAGUGACAGGAUUAUCGGCGCUCGGCACUUCGGUGGUGAUAGCGGGCGUAUUGUUGUACAACCGGGCUCAAGAAUACGACAGAAUAAGCAGAACGAAGUUACGACAUUCGUCAAAGAUUAACCUGCAGUAGGACAAAUUUUUUUUAAAUCUACAUCCAUAUAUCUGUAUCUUGGAAGAAAGAGAGCCGACGUCCGAAGUAUAUAAUUCCGUUUAAUUUCGCUUUUGUAUCAUAUAUAAUGCAUGUUCUUUCGUAAACAUUUAAUAUUUAUUAAGAUUUAUAAAGUUCAUUAAACACUUUUUCAAGUCAAGUUUCAACUAGACAUUCAUAUAUUUCAGAUGUCGGCUCUUUUCAAAAUACAUCAUACAAAUAAGAGAAACGUGUCACAGCACCAAAUGUAUUGCAUAUUGCAUUGGUAGUACAAACGGUUACACCCGGUUUUUAUACGGCAGUAUUCCAUUCAAAGUUAAAGAAUUCAGUAUUAGUGACAUGAAAAAUUUACUAAGGAACCAAGCGUAUGACUAGUGAAGAUUGUCUAUAUUGAUUAAAUGUCGAUUGUGUUAACUUUUACUUGCGCUCUCUAUCUGAAGCAUUUUUUUCACCUCAAAGUCCGUAAUAUAUUAAUUAAAUUGCACUUUCAGAUUUAAUUUAUUGGCAUCUCGAAACUGAAUUCUUUCUUAUUUCGGGACUCUGACAGUCGCAGAAAACCGAAAUGGAAACUAGUGAUUACAUGUGUCAAAAAGUAUCUAUUGCUGUACUAUACAGUGUUCCUAAUGUGAAUUUGAGAAUUAUGGAAUGUAAAAAUGUUUUAUAAAAAUAAAGUCUUUGUACCUA